CCCUGAGGCACCGCAGCACCCCCUCGUCCUUCCCUCUCUGAAGCCAGAGGAAAAUUCGGCUUCUUGUCCUCACACCCUUUGCUGGUUGUAAUUCCACGCAUUUCCCAUUGCCAGGCACGGCUGAUCCGCGUGGCCAUUGGGUUGGGGGGAUCCCACAGGCAGUGGGUUGGGGGGCGGUGUGAAGCACGAUGACCCCAACUGAGGUGUCCUGGGGUCGCUCAUGGGACGCUCUCGCGCUCCCUGGGCACUCCCAGCCCUCCAGAUUGUCCUCCAGGCUUUGGCGGCCGCUCUCAGAUGAGCCCAAGGGUCUCUGCACCAGUCACCCUCCCCAUUGCUUCAGCAUCAGAGGCGACCACAGAAUGAACUCCCGCUGCCGCUCCCUCCUGGCACCUCGGGUGCCACACGAGAGCACACGGGUGGGCGUUCAGCUGCGUGCGGUGCCACGUGUGACCUGCCCCGGGGUCUGCCCACGGUGCUGCCCCACAGGUUUGCUCGUCCUCUCUCCUCAGGGCAGUGCUGGUGGGACAGCAGUGGGAUGUGCCCUUAGAAGCCCCUGUGAAAACAGCUGGCGUGGACCUGGCUCCAGAUUCCAACCCCUGGGCAUGGCUGAGCUGGUUGUGACACAGGAACAAAUGCUCAGGGAAGGGGGUGGGAAGGAUGCUGCCGGGGGUGCCUUGCAGGAGCGCCAGGAAAGAGGAAUGGGACCAAAACCAACAGAAGGGACCCUUCAACCCUGCAGCUGGUCCCACCUCUCCAGCCCCUUGCUCGGGCCGUACCAUUAAACACACUCGCCCAUCCACUGAGACCCACUGCUCCCCAAAUCCUCUCUCCUAAGGGCUCCUGCUUUUCUCCCCCAGCAGCUGGAGCAGGGCAGCUCACACAUGCCACCUCCCACUCCUGGAGGAGCCCCCUAAACAUGUUUCUGCCCAGCACAUAUUUUGUGAUCACGAGUGUUAGAAAUGGAUGUGACAGACAAGGAGGCAUUGUCGGGGCAGCCGAGCACCAGGGCGUUGUACGCGGGCAGGACAAAGGCUGUUGUGUUUCUGCUGUGACAAUAAGUGGUGCUGGUUUACACAGGGGCAGAGCAGCUCUCCAGAGAGCCCUUCUGCUCCCCAGCGUGCCCCUGCAUCCCUGGAGCGAGGGGGACCCAGCUGCUGUCGGUGCUGGUGGGCAAUGUUCUGUGUUCCACCUGCAGGAACCAGCCCCUGAACACCUUCCCUGUUUCACCCCACAGGUGCUUGGCUUACUGGUGUGGUCUCUCAUCGCUGCCACAACGUACCACCUCCACGCGGCCUACGGCUGGGUGAUGUUUGUGGCCCUCUUCUGCUGGAUACUAACACUCCUUUUCUUCAUGACUUACCUCCUGCAGCUUCAGCUGAAGUUUUACGUGAUCCCCUGGCCCCUCGUGCUGAUGAUCUACAACGCCGUGGCCACCGUCCUGUACAUCACCGCCUUCGUCACGUGCGCGGCCGCCGUCCAGCCGACGUCCUGGCGGCAGUGGGAUUACAACCGGAGAGCCGCGGCCUCCUUCUUUGCAGGUGUCACCAUGAUCAUCUACGGGGUGAGCACCUUCUUCAGCUUCCGCGCCUGGAAAGGGCUCGGCAGCAACGCGGCCACCAGCCAAGUGACUGACCACGCGUAAGGAGUGGACAGCAAAGGCACCCACGGGCCGCCCUGCGUCAGCUCGUGCCCGGCUCGGCGGCUCGGAGCCUCAUGUGCCACCAGGGCUCGCCUUGGGACCAGCCUGUGCUGGCAGCAGUGGUCAGCACUGGGUCACGUGGAUGCUGCUCUGUGGUUUCCGAUGAUGCUUCCAGCUGACGUGCCCACAGCACCGACCGGCGUCAGCACCGACGGCCUCGACGGAGAACACGGACUCGCUGGAGGCUGCGGCUCCUGCUCAUCCUUGGGGGUCACCUGGAUCCUUGCUGGAGCAGCUCCACUGAGGGGGCUCAGCCAAUGCGGCACACUGAUACUAAAAUUCACUAAACCAAGCCCGGGCUUCCCUCUUUGCUCAUUCACAGCUACAGUGUAAGUAAUUGCAAUUAACGGCAUGCAGAAACGGUGGCAGAGCCAGGAGGUGGAGGCGAAGCGAAGGAAGGAGUCCUAACUGCUCUUGUGUUGAUUUCUAACAACUUGAAUACAAAUUUUAUGCCUUAAAUAAAAACAUUCCUAAAUCGAGCACCGGAAGUCUGUCAUGAG